AUGCUCUCCUCCUCGGUGCUCUUUGUGCUCCUUGCACGCCUGGCGUUCGCCGACCUCGCCUCGGCGGCCACGACGUCGUACUGCUCCACUACGACGCUCAAGACCUACUCCGUCACCACCUCAACUGCGACGGUCACGCCCACCAAGACUGUCACCACCACCGCGGUGACGGGUAUCACGAACACGGCGUACUCGACCGCCGUGGUCACUUCGACCCCGCCGGCGGUCGUGACCACCAUCACCCCGCUCGCCACAAGCACCAUCUACCCCGUCGUCACGAGCACCGUCACCCCCGUCGUGACGGUGUGGACUACGCCGCAGGCGACCGUCACCUCCACCGCUGUCGAGACCUCCGUCGUCACCCCGCUCGCGACUGCGUACCAGACUGACACCGUCACCACUGUCGAGACGCCGCUCGCCACCGAGACCACCACGCCCGUGACGACCCUUACCCUCUCGCCCACCGACACCGUUGUUGAGUCGCCCACGCUGUACACGACGCUCACGCCCACCGACACGGCGACCACUACCCCGUGGGAGACGGACACUGUCACCCCCUGGAUCACGAUCGCGACCACCCCGACCGACACGGCGACCAUCACGCCGACUGAGACAGACAGCGUGACCCCCACCGAGACGGACACGUCCACCGUCGUCACGACCAGCACCACGACGCCCGUCAACACCGUCACCAUCACCCCUGGUGUCGUCGACACCGUCACCCCCACCGAGACGACUGUUAUCACUCCCGUGAUCACGAGCGUCACUACCCCCGUCGUUCAGAAGACCUCCACCACCGUGUCCGUCUCGUACUCGACCAAGGUCGUCGGCACCAAGGUCACCACGGUCGCGACCAACACCAAGACCGCCACCGUCAACGUCAACAAGCCCACGACCAUCACUGACCCCGGCAAGACGGUCACCAAGGCCACGACGACCGUGGCGGCCGUCACGAAGGGCGUCAACGCUCGCGACCUCAAGGGCCGCGACUUCUGGGAGCGCGCGCCGUGCAAGGACGUCUUCACGACCACCCAGUACACCUCGACACUGACCGUCCCCACCACCGUCACGGCCCCUACUCAGACCGUGACCAACACUGUGGCCACCUCGACCUCAGUCGCCAAGACGACGAUUGCCACCACGUCGACAGUCUUCGCGCCCACCUCGACCGUGAUCGUCACUGCGCCCACUUCGACCGCGUACGCCACGGCCGGCACCUCGACCACUGUCGCCACGGCCGAUGCUACCACCGAGACUGACGUCACGGCUACGAGCUUCGCGACCGACGUCGUCACCUCGACCGAGGUCGACAUCGCGCCGACUGCCUGGACUACCAGCACUGCCCCGGCCGUCACCGAGACUUCGUUCGCCCCGACUCUUACCCAGACGAUUGUUGCUCCCGAGGAGACCGCCACCCAGACCCUCGACACUGUUGUGGUUACUUCCACUGCCGACGCCGUCACCUCGACCUCGGUUGCUGACGCUGUCACCGUCACCGUCGCUGUCCCCACCGAGACGACCGUCACCACUCUCGACACGCAGACCGCCACAUCCACUGCCCCCGCCGAGACCUCUACCGCUGUUGCCCCCGCCGUGACCGUGACUGAGGUGGAGCCCACCGUCACCGUUACUGUCGUUGCUGCCGAUGCCUCGACCAUCGUAGCUACCGCCGACGCCGAGACCCUCACCGCCACAGCCCCCGCUACCACCAGCACCGAGGUCGCGCCGGCUGUCGUUCAGACGUCCACCGCCAACCCUGUCGUGCUUACCGCCACUGCUGCCACUCUCACCAACACCAUUGUUCAGACUGCCAAGGCGACGUCGGUUGUCACUCAGCCUUCGCUCAAGCCUGCUACCAAGACCACUGUUACCACCCAGACGAACACGAUCGUCCGCACCUUUCACGUCGCCGGCGUGCCCACCACGGUGACUUCGACGGUGGUCAAGCUCGUGACUAUUACGCCCAAGCCCUCUUCGUCUACCAAGGCGGCGACCUCGACGGCCAAGACUUCCUCCAAGUAA